UAAACAGAGAGAGAGAGAGGCAUAUGUAUGUACUAUGUAUGUUUCCAAGUUCCCAUAAAAUAACAAAUGAGAAACUCCUAUUUGGACGAACAAUAACAAAGUUGUCUGUCUCCUCCAACAACGAUUUCUCUCACACUCUCUCACUCUAUCCAAAUUUCCUUAACGCCAUCAAAUCUCUAUUACUUAGUUUUUCUGUAUUUUUUUUUUUGUUUUGUUUUAUAUAUGUGUUAUUGAUCUCCAAUUCAUUAUCUUGUUGUUAUUUCAAUCUUUGAUUGUGGGUUUGAGAGCUUCGAAAAGAGAAAAAAGAUAGUAAAUUUACAAUCAAUCUGAUAGAUUAUGAUCUGGGUCAUUGAUGAUUUGAGAGUUGGAAAGCUGUGAUCGAUUCUGUGAAUGAAGAAGGAUGGGAUUGGAAUCGGUUGGGGUUUUGAACGUUGAAUUGAAAAAAAAGCUCGAGCCCCAAUUGAACAAUCGGGUUUUUGGGUCGUUCCGAUCGGUGAUCGGGUAAUUGAAUUGGGAUUUUUAUUUUGUGUGUGCUUUCAUUGUUGUGUUGUGUGUGAAAAAAAGGGGUGUGCUAGAAUCGAUGUGGAAGGUAUUGGGUGAGGUAAAUUUAAAGGUGGGAGUUUGAUUUUAGGGCUUCUGAAUUUGGGUCAUGGAUGAGGUGAGCCCUAGCAAUGAGAGUAAGGAUUUGGGUGGCGGAAGUGGUGGUGCCGAUGACUUAUCGGCGGCGGCGAUGGCGGCUGCAGCCGGGUUGAGUUGGCGGCCGAGGCAGCUGGCGUUUAGUCCUUAUGGUACCGUGAACAAGGUCCAAGCUUUGCGUGUUGUUGUGCGGAGACCUUUGGUGGCAAGACUAACAAAGGACAUUGUUGAAACAUACCAAUUAUGCAAUCCACAGUUCAAGUAUUCAGAGGAACUAAAUCCAAAGAGAUACUUAACUAGCCCAUCCAUUGGAGUCCUAAAUGAUGGUCACGAUAAUGUGAACUCAGAUCUUAUUUUGACUGCAAACUAUGUCUUAAUCAAUUCAGAACAGCGAAGAUACAUUGUAAAGGAUGUUCUUGGCCAUGGAACAUUUGGGCAGGUUGCUAAAUGCUGGUUUGCAGAAACUAACAGUUUUGUUGCUGUGAAGAUCAUAAAAAAUCAGCCUGCUUACUAUCAACAGGCACUGGUUGAAGUAACUAUAUUGACAACGCUGAAUAAGAAGUAUGAUCCUGAGGAUAAGCAUCACAUUGUUCGUAUUUAUGAUUACUUUGUACAUCAGCGUCAUUUGUGCAUCUGCUUUGAACUGCUUGACACAAAUCUGUAUGAGCUUAUCAAAAUAAAUCAUUUUAGGGGAUUAUCAUUGAGCAUUGUCCAAAUGUUUUCUAAACAGAUUUUGCGGGGACUGGCUCUGUUAAAAGAUGCUGGGAUAAUUCAUUGUGAUCUGAAGCCAGAAAACAUUCUAUUGUGCACUAGUGUGAAGCCAGCAGAGAUUAAAAUUAUUGACUUUGGAUCAGCAUGCAUGGAGGAUCGCACUGUUUACUCCUACAUUCAGAGUCGUUACUACAGAUCUCCUGAAGUUCUUCUUGGGUAUCAAUAUACUACAGCUAUUGACAUGUGGUCCUUUGGGUGCAUAGUUGCUGAAUUGUUUCUAGGAUUGCCAUUAUUCCCAGGAGCUUCAGAAUUUGAUCUCCUUAGGCGAAUGAUUGAAAUACUUGGAGGGCAACCCCCGGAUUAUGUAUUGAGGGAGGCAAAAAACACAAGUAAGUUUUUUAAGUGCAUUGGGAGUGUCCAGAAUUUAGAGAAUGGUGAAGUUUCAACAAACAGCAGAAGUGCUUACCAAGCAUUAACAGAAGAAGAAUAUGAAACUAGAGAGAUGAAAAAGCCUGUGAUUGGAAAGGAGUAUUUCAAUCAUAAGAAUCUUGAAACAAUUGUCACAAACUACCCUUACAGAAAGAACUUGCCUGAGGAAGAUGUUAUGAAAGAAAGUCAAAUACGAUUAGCUUUAAUUGAUUUCUUGAGGGGGCUUGUUGAGUUUGAUCCAGCAAAACGGUGGUCACCUUUUCAGGCUUCAAAACACCCUUUUGUCACUGGGGAACCAUUCACAAGCCGUUAUGAGCCUCCCCCUGAGACCCCCCGCGUGCCUGUUGCUCAAAACAUCAAUGUGGACCAUCACCCAGGCGGAGGGCAUUGGUUUGCUGCUGGUCUCUCUCCUAAUAUUCCAGGCAGGAACAGAGUUGCUCUUCAUAACAGCCCACACUUUCAGAUGAUGCCAUAUCCACAUGCCAACAGUUAUGGCAGUGUUGGAAGUUAUGGUAGCUAUAGUGAUACUACUGGCCUUGGUAGUAGCUAUGGAAGCUAUGGAGAUGGUAGUAAUAUGUUUCAAUAUUUUUCACCUGUUGGUCCUUCUGGGAUGAACAUGCAUCCACAGGGUAAUGUCUCAAUGCUGGGAAGUAGUCCUGAUGCAAGAAGAAGGGUAAUGCCAUACCCACAUGGAAAUGGACUUGGUGUGAGUCCCUCAGCAGGAAAUUUUGCACCAUUGCCCCUUGGCACUAGCCCCUCACAAUUUACUCCACCAAGCUCCUAUAGUCAAGUUUCAGCUGGCUCUCCUGGACACUAUGGUCCAACAUCUCCAGCAAGAGGCAGUCAUGGAUCACCUUUAGGAAAGAUGGCUGCAGUUAGCCAGAUGAAUAGAAGAAAGAGUUGGGGAUAUUCUGGAAAUCCCCAAUCUCAAGAGUGCUCGUCAUCUUCUCAUUGGCAAGGGCAAUUUACCGAUAGCUCCAUCUCCACACAAGCCGAAGGAAACUCUCAAGUAUUUGGUGGUUCACCAUCGCAUCUGCAGUCAAAUUCUAAUGCUGCUAGCUGGAAGCAGCAUCGAGGUGGCGGUGGAAUUGCUGCUGGUUACUCUUCCGUUCAGAGCAUGCCAUGUUCUUCUACGCAUGUGCAGUUCCCACAAACUGCAGGAGCAACUAAUGACAAGCCUGAGGCUGUCCUCUCUCUGCCUGAUCCUGGAGAUUGGGAUCCCAACUAUAGUGAUGAACUUCUUCUGCAAGAGGAUGGUUUGGAUGUGAGCUCAAUGACAGCUGAUUUUAGCAAAGGUAUGCAUCUUGGAUCUUCAGAACCAUUGGUCGGGGUUGGAAGAUUUAACCCUGCCUCAAGCACAAGCUCAAUUCUGUCCGUACAAAGACAAAAUGGACCUGUUCAAGCAUUUCCACAUCUAGAGGUGGGUAGCCCUCCUUCAGCUCAUGAUCCACAUUCUGGAUAUGGCCGCUCCAUGUCAAAGACCUCUCAUUUCAUACCUCAUAUCUCACAAAAUUCUCCAAGCCGUUUGGGACAGCAGCAACCUGGUCAGCGUUUCAAUUAUGGGAGAUCUACCAAUGUUCGAAUUGGUGAAUGGAAUCAUAUGAAGGUUCAGCCCCCUCCUGCCAGCUUCAACUCUGGGGGGCCACGUUCUCCUGGGAGUAGCUCAUUCAACAAUGGCAUGUCAUGGGGUACUUCCUGACUUGAUACUGUCAAGCCACACCAACAUUCUGGCGUAGGGCCAAUCAUCCUGUCACAAGCAUUCCGCCAACUUCCCGUGGAAGAAAAGACCUCGGAAGGAUUGCCUAAUGUUGAGUCAACUCAUUCUUUUUACUGUGAGGGGUCAUGUCUGAGAGUUGGCAAGAAAGUUGUACUCAAUAGUUCAGCUUCUUAAUGGGCUUAUGCUAGAAAAGUCCCCAUCAGACAAUGCUUAUUCAUUGUGGUUGCAGCAAUAUAAUUAUGAUUAUGAUUUCUAUUGUCUUCUUGUUACUUAAUGCAUGCAAUCAAUAUUCAUUUAGUUAUGACCCAUCAAGGGCCGUGAUUUUUGCAUA